AUGAACGUGACAAGUUUAUUCUCCUUCACCAGCCCAGCAGUGAAGAGGCUGUUGGGAUGGAAGCAGGGGGAUGAAGAAGAAAAAUGGGCAGAAAAAGCUGUUGAUGCAUUAGUGAAAAAACUGAAGAAGAAGAAAGGUGCAAUGGAGGAGCUAGAAAAAGCAUUAAGCUGUCCCGGUCAGCCCAGCAGCUGUGUGACAAUCCCUCGUUCCUUGGACGGGAGGCUCCAGGUUUCGCACCGCAAGGGGCUCCCACAUGUGAUUUACUGCAGAGUGUGGCGCUGGCCAGACCUGCAGAGCCACCACGAACUGAAACCACUGGAAUGCUGUGAGUUUCCCUUUGGUUCGAAACAGAAGGAGGUUUGCAUCAACCCCUACCACUACAAGCGGGUAGAGAGUCCUGUCCUUCCUCCAGUCCUGGUUCCAAGGCACAGCGAGUACAACCCCCAGCACAGCCUCUUGGCCCAGUUCCGCAACCUGGGACAGAACGAGCCCCACAUGCCACACAACGCUACCUUCCCGGACUCUUUUCAGCAGCCCAAUAGUCACCCAUUCCCCCACUCGCCCAGCAGCAGCUAUCCCAACUCUCCUGGAAGCAGCAGUAGCACCUAUCCACAUUCUCCAGCCAGCUCGGACCCUGGGAGUCCUUUCCAGAUGCCAGCUGAUACUCCCCCUCCUGCUUACCUGCCUCCGGAAGAGCAGAUGACACACGAUACCUCCCAGCCAAUGGAUACCAACAUGAUGGCACCUGCAAUUCCCCCUGACAUACACAGAGGAGAUGUUCAGGCAGUUGCUUAUGAAGAGCCGAAGCAUUGGUGCUCCAUUGUCUACUACGAGCUGAAUAAUCGUGUUGGGGAGGCAUUCCAUGCUUCUUCCACCAGCAUCCUGGUGGAUGGCUUCACUGAUCCCUCCAACAACAAGAACAGAUUCUGCCUGGGGCUGCUCUCCAACGUGAACCGCAACUCCACCAUUGAGAACACCAGGAGGCACAUUGGCAAGGGCGUUCAUCUCUACUAUGUUGGUGGGGAAGUGUAUGCUGAAUGUCUUAGUGACAGUAGUAUUUUUGUGCAAAGUCGGAACUGCAACUACCACCAUGGGUUUCAUCCCACCACGGUCUGCAAAAUCCCCAGUGGCUGCAGUUUGAAGAUUUUCAACAAUCAAGAGUUUGCUCAACUUUUGGCUCAGUCAGUGAACCAUGGCUUUGAGACAGUGUAUGAGCUUACUAAGAUGUGCACUCUCCGCAUGAGUUUCGUGAAGGGUUGGGGAGCUGAGUAUCAUCGCCAGGAUGUAACGAGCACUCCAUGCUGGAUAGAGAUACAUCUUCAUGGUCCCCUUCAGUGGCUGGAUAAAGUACUUACUCAGAUGGGCUCUCCUCAUAAUCCUAUUUCUUCAGUGUCUUAAAAGGUCCCAAGCUCCUGCAAUUUGGAAACAGUUGAGCCUUGCAUGUACUUGAAAGACGUAUGAGUCAGACACACACAUUUGUAUUUCUUUUCCCCCUGAACUGGCAACAGCUGAAUAAGAGCCAUGAAAACACUUGACUUCUGUGACCAACUGUUGGAUUCGGAAAAACAAGAUAA